UAUCACUUCAAUCUUCUUGCUCAAUUGCUGCCCCUCUUCCCUCCCUCCCUCCCACCCUUGGUUUCCGUUGGAGGCCUCUCGACUCUGUCAUUUACUCUCGCUCCCUUUUUCUUUCAGUCGCCUCUUUCACUAUGUUCCGGAGUCUCUUGCCGCGGACGUCGCCGCGGACUACUCUCCGCCGGGCCGUCCCCAAGGCUGUUCCCUCCAACCUCGUCGUUACUCCCUCGCUGGCCUCUUUCGGCCUCUCAAAACGUGGCUUUGCCUCGGAAACGAGUGAGCACGAUGUCGUGAUCAUCGGUGGUGGUGUCGCUGGAUACGUUGCUGCUAUCAAGGCUGGUCAGGAAGGUCUCAAGGCCGUCUGUAUCGAGAAGCGUGGUCGUCUCGGAGGUACCUGCCUCAACGUCGGCUGUAUCCCGUCCAAAUCGCUCCUGAACAACUCCCAUCUGUACCACCAGGUCCUCCAUGACACGAAAAAGCGCGGUAUCGAGGUUGGCGACGUCAAGCUCAACCUUGAGCAGAUGAUGAAGGCCAAGGACACUUCCGUCGAUGGUCUCACCAAGGGCAUUGAGUUCUUGUUAAAAAAGAACGGCGUGGACUACGUCAAGGGUACCGGUGCCCUGGUCGACCCCAACACCGUCAAGGUCAACCUGCUGGACGGCGGCGAGCAGACCCUCCGCGGCAAGAACAUUUUCAUUGCCACCGGCUCUGAGUCGACCCCGUUCCCCGGCCUGACCAUCGACGAGAAGCGCAUCAUCACGAGCACUGGCGCUCUGGAGUUGAAGGAGGUCCCUAAGAAGAUGGUUGUCAUCGGUGGUGGCAUCAUCGGUCUGGAGAUGGCCUCCGUCUGGUCGCGUCUCGGCGCCGAGGUCACCGUCGUAGAAUUCCUCGGCCAGAUCGGCGGCCCCGGUAUGGAUGCGGAGAUCGCCAAGCAGAUCCAGAAGAUCCUCGCCAAGCAGGGCAUCAAGUUCAAGACCGGCACCAAGGUCACCAAGGGUGACGACAGCGGUGCUACCGUCUCCCUCAGCGUCGAGGCCGCCAAGGGUGGCAAGGAGGAUACCCUGGACGCCGAUGUCGUCCUGGUGGCGAUCGGCCGCCGCCCCUACACCGAGGGCCUGGGCCUGGAGAACGUUGGCAUCGAGAAGGACGACAAGGGCCGUCUGGUGAUCGACCAGGAGUACCGCACCAAGCUCCCCCACAUCCGUGUCAUCGGUGACUGCACCUUCGGUCCCAUGCUGGCCCACAAGGCCGAGGAGGAGGCCGUCGCCGCCGUCGAGUACAUCACCAAGGGCCACGGCCACGUCAACUACGCCGCCAUCCCCAGCGUCAUGUACACGCACCCCGAGGUCGCCUGGGUCGGCCAGAACGAGGCCGAGGUCAAGGCCGCCGGCAUCAAGUACCGCGUCGGCAACUUCCCCUUCGCCGCCAACUCGCGCGCCAAGACCAACCUCGACACCGAGGGUCAGGUCAAGUUCAUCGCCGAUGCCGAGACCGACCGCAUCCUGGGUGUGCACAUCGUCGGCCCCAACGCCGGUGAGAUGAUCGCCGAGGCCACCCUGGCCGUCGAGUACGGUGCCUCGUGCGAGGACAUCGCCCGCACGUGCCACGCCCACCCGACCCUCGCCGAAGCCUUCAAGGAGGCCGCCAUGGCCACCUACUCCAAGGCCAUCCACUUCUAGAUCAAAACGUCCCCUACCGUCUUCCCUUACAUUCCCGCCAUGACCCCCUUUUGUUGACUACCAUCACCCUGUAUCUUCCUUGAGUCUAGCUCCGCUAGCACCUGUAGCAUGUGACCGAUUAUAUCUUCCUAACUGUUGUUGGUUGUAUUGAGAAUUAUGAUA